UACAAGGUGUGUGCAGCUAUACUGUCUAUGCUGGGCCCAUUGGCGAAUUCGUGACCCAGUUUCGCCUUAGGUCUCUUGAGCUGAAGAUGGAGACUGCAAAUCUUGCUCGAACCAUAUAUAUUCCCACUUUGCUCCCAACGUCGCUUUUAAGGGACAUAUUGGGGAUGAUAUGGAGGGCAAAGAACCAGUCUACAUCUAUGUCAUGGACCGAAUACAUGGUAUUAGUUACUUGGAUUUUAUCCUCGCCCAUAACAGCCGUAUAUCGGAAAAUUCCGGUACAUUUUCUUCCUGGCGGAGGAUUCUUUUAACUGAUAUCGCGAGGUUUUUUGCUCUGCCGUGGAAUGCCCCACAAACUGUUACUCACCCCUACCGCGAUGGACUCCACCAUCAAUAUGAGAAAGAACUUGGGUUAUUGCUUACCUCUCUACCCCCCCGUUUCUGUCGGUUCAUUCAAGAAUCUCUUGACUCCCUUCUGGUUAUUUUGUCGCUUCCAAUGGUUCUCCUCCACAAAGACUUUGGCGUCUGCAAUAUCAUGGUAAACGAAACAUCUUUCAAUCUAACUGGAGUGAUCGAUUGGGCCGAGGCUGAGAUUGCGCCAUUCGGCCUCAACCUUCAUUCUCUCCAACGAUUCAUAAGUAAGUUCCACCUCGAGAGGGGUUGGAUCAGAUACAAUGACUACUUCAUCUUGGAGGAGAUAUUUUGGACCACCUUUCGCAACGAGGCUGGAGAGUUGGAUGAUGAAACGAUUAGAGUCGUCAAAUUAGCAAGGGGUAUGGGACUCUUGCUAUCCUGUGGCUUCACGAGUCGCCUGGCGAAUGAACCGGUGCCAGCACCCAUCCAAGAUGAUGAAAAUGGGGCGUACAACAUGCUGGUUUGGAUGGGCUAUUAAUUAAUCCGGAUACAAGGUUUACGGAAUUGACAUAACUAGACUAGACUUUGGAGUAGAGAGAAAUGCCAGUUCUGUAAACCUCGUAUCCGGAUAAAAUCAAUGAAGCACAGCUUAAAGAACACCGGCCACAGUCAGAGCUUCUGUCAGAUCUCCAACAAUUUCCAGCUUAGGGAGAGGCUUCCCAGCAUUGACAACCUUGUGGUUAGUAGCUAUCGUAUUCACAUACUCGAGAAAGCUGUCUAUAUUCAAGAACUAGAAGAAUCUUAAGUAAUCUCA